CGGGGCGGGGCGGGGCGGGGCUGCGGGGGCGCCUGGCGGCCCGAUUGGCGGCCGCCCGUGAGGCCAUGUGGGCCCAGCGCCGCGCGGCCCCGCUACGGCCCGGCCCAGCCCCAGCUGCAGCCCGGCGGUGCUGAUGGCGAUGGCGGACGGCGGGGUGGUGCGGAGGCGCGGCGGCCCGCGGCGCUCGGCGGCAGCCACGGCGCUACCCGGCUGGCGGCUGCGCUGCGAGGGCGGCCGGCAGCGGUGGCGCUACCUGGGCGACGGCGGCGACGGCGAGGGCGAGGGCGAGCCGGCCGGGGAGCGGCGGGAGCAGACGGCGCUGGAAGCGCACUGCCUCGGCCUGGACACGGACGAGCUGCUGCGCCCCUUGCCGCCGGCCGGCACGGCGCGGGAGGCGGCCCUCAACGGCAUGCGCUUCUAUGCCGGGCUGCAGGCCGAGGACGGGCACUGGGCCGGCGAUUACGGCGGGCCGCUCUUCCUGCUGCCAGGGCUCCUCAUCACCUGCCACACCGCCAAGAUCCAGCUGCCGGAGGGGUUUCAGGAGGAGAUGGUGCGCUACCUGCGCUCUGUGCAACUCCCAGACGGAGGCUGGGGCUUGCACGUGGAGGACAAAUCAACAGUGUUUGGCACAGCACUCAACUAUGUUGCCCUGAGGAUCCUGGGGCUUGGACCAGAUGACCCUGACAUUGUGCGGGCCCGUGUCAACCUGCACAGCAAAGGAGGUGCUGUGGGAAUCCCUUCGUGGGGGAAGUUUUGGCUGGCUGUCUUGAACGUUUACAGCUGGGAGGGAAUGAACACGCUUCUCCCGGAGAUGUGGCUGCUCCCUACGUGGUUCCCAGCGCAUCCAUCCCGACUCUGGUGCCACUGCCGCCAGGUGUACCUCCCCAUGAGCUACUGUUACGCCAAGCGCCUGUCAGCAGAAGAAGAUGAACUCAUACGGAGCUUGCGGCAGGAGCUGUAUGUGCAAGACUACGCCAGCAUCGACUGGCCAGCCCAGAGGAACAACGUGGCUGCCUGUGAUGUCUACACCCCGCACAGCUGGCUGCUGGAGGUCGCCUAUGCUGUCAUGAACCUGUAUGAGGCCCACCACAGCACCUACCUACGGCAGCGAGCCAUUGUGGAACUCUAUGACCACAUCAAAGCUGAUGACAGAUUCACCAAAUGUAUCAGCAUCGGUCCAAUCUCUAAGACCAUCAACAUGCUGGUUCGCUGGUUUGUGGAUGGGAAGAACUCCCCAGCUUUUCAGGAGCAUGUUUCCAGGAUCCCUGACUAUCUCUGGCUGGGCCUUGAUGGCAUGAAGAUGCAGGGUACAAAUGGAUCCCAGCUGUGGGAUACUGCCUUUGCUGUCCAAGCCUUCCUGGAGGCGGAAGCCCAGAAGAUACCUGAAUUCAUGUCCUGCCUUCAGAAUGCCUAUGACUUUCUCAGGUUCACCCAGAUUCCAGAGAAUCCACCUGACUACCAGAAAUAUUACCGCCAUAUGAACAAGGGUGGCUUCCCCUUCAGCACGCGGGACUGUGGCUGGAUUGUGGCAGAUUGCACAGCAGAGGGGCUGAAGUCAGUUAUGCUGCUGCAGGAGAAGUGCCCCUUCAUAGCCAAACUUGUUCCCCCUGAGCGCCUCUUUGAUGCUGUCAAUGUGUUGCUGAGCAUGAGGAACUCGGAUGGAGGCUUUGCCACAUACGAAACCAAGCGAGGAGGUCACUUGCUGGAGUUGCUGAACCCCUCAGAGGUGUUUGGUGACAUCAUGAUCGACUACACCUACGUGGAAUGCACCUCGGCUGUCAUGCAGGCACUGAGACACUUCCAAGAGACGUACCCUGAGCACAGAGCCCCAGAGAUCAGAAACACUCUACAGAAGGGCCUGGACUUCUGUCGCAAGAAACAACGAGCUGAUGGGUCAUGGGAAGGGAGCUGGGGAGUUUGCUUCACGUACGGCACCUGGUUUGGUCUGGAGGCAUUUGCCUGUAUGCAGUACAAAUACUGUGAUGGGGUGGCAUGCAGAGAAGUGGCCCAGGCCUGCCAGUUCCUGCUCUCCAAGCAGAUGACAGAUGGUGGGUGGGGAGAGGACUUUGAGUCAUGUGAGCAACGCAGAUAUGUGCAGAGUGCCACAUCACAGAUCCACAACACGUGUUGGGCCCUGCUGGGGCUCAUGGCUGUCAGGUACCCUGACAUUGACGUGCUGGAAAGGGGCAUCCAACUGUUGAUCAAUAAGCAGCUGCCCAACGGCGACUGGCCUCAGGAGAACAUUGCUGGGGUAUUCAACAAGUCGUGUGCCAUCAGUUACACUGCCUACUGCAAUGUCUUCCCCAUUUGGACACUUGGGCGUUUCUGCCGGCUGCAUCCCAACAGCCCUCUUGCUGAGCAGCUGCAAUCCAGACCGUUGGCUGGGGCCGGGAAGACUGUGGAAGCAGCCUUGUCCUCUUGAACCCACACCAUGGCCUCUGACCUGCCCUGGUGGCAGCUGGCUUCCCAGAGCUUCCCAGGUGAAGUCAUCAGUAUCAUUCCCACUUUGGAAAAUGGGAAACUGAAGCAGGAAACACUGAGCUGACUAAUGUCAUGGCACAGCCUGGGUCUCCUAGGCACCAAGCUUCCCCCAUGAAGACAUCAUACUUCAUCCCGACUACCACCCAGACAACCACAGGAGCGUACUACACAAGUGCAGAAGGACUGAAAAUUAGGUAAUUUAUACAAAUUUAUACAAUUUAUACAAAGUGGGGCUGGGCAGAGCUAGGAAAUUAAUAUACAUAGAUAUUGUAAAACUUAAUGCAUAUAUAAUAUUUUAGCGGAUAAAAGAGAACGUGAGUGAGCGAAGUGUUGCGUGUGCCUUUGGGAGCUGUCCCGCAUGUGCCCAGCACCAAAAUAAACCACAUAUCUACUUUGUAACUCAUU